AUGACCAUGGGCAAGAUCAUCUUCUACGAGGACAGGAACUUCCAGGGUCGUUCCUAUGAGACCAGCAGCGACUGCGCCGACAUGUCCUCCUACCUGAGCAGGUGCCACUCCUGCAGGGUGGAGAGCGGCUGCUUCAUGGUCUACGACCGCACCAACUACAGCGGCAACCAGUACUUUGUCAGGAGGGGCGAGUACUCCGACUACCAGCGCAUGGGAAUGAGCGACUGCAUCAGGUCUUCCCGCAUGAUCCCCAUGCACAGGGGACAGUUCAGGAUGAAGAUCUACGAGAGGGAGAACUUCGGCGGCCAGAGCCACGAGCUGAUGGACGACUGCGACAACAUGAUGGAGCGUUACCGCAUGAACGAGUGCCAGUCCUGCAACGUGAUGGACGGCCACUGGCUGAUGUACGAGCAGCCCCAGUUCAGAGGCAAGAUGAUGUACCUGAGGCCCGGAGAGUACAGGAGCUUCAGGGACAUGGGCAUGAGCGGCAUGAGGUUCAUGAGCAUGAAGCGCAUCAUGGACUCCUAAACAAUGUACAAUGUUUGCGGGAGAAGUAUAAACUUCCAGGGACGUCGCUAUGAGUGCGACAGCGACUGCUCCGACUUCCACGCCUACCUGAGCCGCUGCAACUCCAUCCGGGUGGAGAGCGGGGCCUGGGUGGUGUACGAGCGGCCCACCUACAUGGGCCACCAGUACGUCCUGACCAGGGGGGAGUACCCGGAGUACCAGCGCUGGAUGGGCCUCAACGACCGCCUCAGCUCCUGCAAGAUGGUCCGCUUCGUAAGUCGGGCCCGUUACAAACUGCAGCUGUAUGAGAAGGCCGACUUCGGGGGCCAGGCCUUCGAGGCCACGGAGGACUGCUCCUCUCUCCUGGAGAAGAUCCGCUGGAGGGAAGUCCUCUCCUGCAAGAUCCUCGACGGCUGGUGGGUCUUCUACGAGCACCCCAACUACCGCGGGCGCCAGUACUUCCUGGAGAAGGGGGAAUACCGCAAGCCGGCCGACUGGGGGGCCGUCAGCCCGACGGUCCAGUCCUUCAGGCGCUUCACCGAGUGA